AUGAUUUUGUCUGUGAUCUUGUUUCCUGAUGCUUCAUCGUCUCUCAUCUAUCCAGCAACUGUGCAUUCUGAGGAUGCACAGGGAGGACUCAGUCACCAUUGUGACUUGUGUAGCUAUGAGACUGAAUAUCCAUCUCACUUGAAACAACACAUCAAGAUCCACACAGACAAGCCACCGUUUCAAUGCCACUUAUGCCCACAGACUUUCAUACUAGGCUGUGCAUUGGAUGUUCACCUGCGCACCCACACAGAUGAGCGGCCGUUUAAAUGCCUUUCAUGCUCUCAAAGCUUCGCAGACACAUCCGCAUUAUGCGAGCAUGUGCGCCUUCACAAGGAGAAUUAUCGUUUUCAGUGCCCUUCGUGCUCCCGAAUCUUUGCAGCAAUGUACUCAUUAAGGAAUCACCUGCGCACUCAUACAGGCGAGCGUCCAUAUAAAUGUACUUUGUGUCCACAAAACUUUGCAUUGAAAUCUACAUUCAAUGUUCACCUGCGCACCCAUACGGGCGAGCGUUCGUUCAAGUGUCCUUCGUGUUCACGAAGCUUUGCGGCAAAGGCCACAUUGAGGGAUCACCUGCGUACUCAUUCGGGCGAGCGUCCGUUUAAGUGUCCUUCAUGUCCACAAAGCUUUGCAUUGAGGUCCACAUUGAAGGGUCACCUGCGCACCCAUACGGGCGAGCGUCCAUUUAAGUGUCCUUCCUGUCCAAAAAGCUUCACGUUAAAGGGCAUAAUGACAGAACACCUGCGCACUCACACAGGCGAGCGCCCAUUUAAAUGCCCUUCAUGCUCUCAGAGAUUCGCCGGCAGGACCUCUCUGAGAAAUCACCUCAAAGUGCACAUCCCCUCAGACGAGAGGCCAUUUAAAUGCACCUUGUGCACCCAGGCCUUUAAGCAGGGACAACUUCUCAAAAGACACAUGAAUCUGCAUGAACCAAAGUAA